GUGUGAAACACUGUGUCAUAGACUUCUGUGAGUGACAUCUGGUCUGAGGUAUGAAUGAUAGCGAGGACAGGAGUCGAGUGGUGGCGCCGAAGACCCCACACGUGAGUGUCAAGAGAUUGAGAGGUCGACCCAAAAGACAUGUCCACCCGUUGGACACGAAUCACUUCCAACAGACCACCAAUUUGGUCGCC